GCCAUGUCUAUGCGACUGCGACAAGGCAUUUAUGUAUAUAAAUGAUAAAGUAGCGAGUUGUGUGUGUUUUUUAGUCCAGUUUCAUUCAUACAUUUCAUCAAAGCUCAAAUCCAUGUUGUAGUUAAUUUUGAUUUGUUAAGUCAAACAGGCUCGUUUUAACUGCUUGUUUUGCGAGAUCUGGCAACAAUGUUUUACAGUCAAUAUGGUCUGAUUUAGCAUGCACGUGGAUGAAAAUCGCAGCAUACAACUAAUAAAAAUGUUGUUUUGGUUAGAAUAAUAUACAGUUGGUUCGUAACCACUACCAUCCAUGACAAGAGUCUUCCAGCUAACUGCUCUGAAUGUCUAGCAUGGUUUAACAUUUUGUAACUCCCUCUCAAAACAUUUUGUUUUACGUUUUUUUUUUUUUCGUCUACUACUGUAAAUAACCUAAGGCAGCCAUGUACCGCGGAAAGAAGAAUAAAAAGAAGAAGAUUCCCCAACCCGACAUGUACAGGAAAUGUUUUAUCUGCGGUGAACAGUACGGAGAUCAGAAUUUGGACGCUCAUAUGCAUUCUUAUGUCCACCAUGAGGCAAUUGAACAUCUCAAGGGCAGUGAACAGUUGCAUAAGUGUUGGGCAUGUGAUGUAUCCAUGAUGGGACUAGAGCAGUACAAGGAGCAUAUUGCCACCCGCAAGCACACAUACAGUCUGUACAAACUCCACAAGAAAAGAAAAAAACUAAAAAGUCUUCAAGUGAACUAUCAUAUUGACCUGACUGAUGAGGAUUUUAUAACCCUUCAAACAGAGCGACAAAAGAUGGAAGGACCGAGGACAGAGAAUUGUUUUGUCUGCUGUCACAAUUUUCCUGUUCAGGAUUUGGACGUACAUAUGCACAGUGUUGUCCACCAUCAGGCAGUUGAGCAACUGAAGGGCAGUCCACAAGUGCAUAAGUGUUGGGCCUGCGACAUGUCUAAGACAGGAAUGGCAGAGUUUAAGGUGCAUGUUGGCACUCUUUAUCAUAAAUACAUGCUGUUUGAACUCCGAAAGAUUACAGCAGAUGGAAAAACAGUGGACUACAGUGCUGAAAUUGAUGAUGAGCUUAGAGCCCUUUGUGUCCAAAGAGAUCAACAAACGAAAGAGACAAGGAGAGAGAAAAAAAAGAUGUGGAAAAAAUCAAAAAGGCAGAAGGCACUGUUGACAGAAAACACAAAAUCUAUCCAGCUUAACCAAAACCUGCCUAAACGGAGACAAGACAGCAUACUUGAUAUGGACAGAUCAAAUGGGCCACUUGUGAAAAAGCCUUGUCUUGAGAAACCAUCAGAGAAUCUUCCUCAAGAAAUAUCUGCUCGUGGCAUAACGACUCCAAAAACUGAAGAUGGUACAUCUGCUGGGUCUACAUGUGGCCUUGGACUGGUCCAAAGCAGGAUGGAGGCCAACAAACCCAAAUUGACACCACUACAAAAACACACUCAUUCCAAAAAGUCUAUGUGGAAAGUUAACAGAGCAGCAUCACAGAGUCAGCAGGGAGCAACCAGAGAAGGCAUGAAUGGGCAAGAGCCAAACAUUGAUUCUCUUCCAUCUGGAACUUCACUGGCUGAAAUAUUUGAAAGUCAGUCUUCAGGAAAUGACUGCCAGGCAGUAGAGAUAGUUGAAAAUGUUCAGCCUCAUACUGUGUGUGUCAAGAAAAAGAAAUCAAAUGUGCGUGAAACAGAACAGGGAGAAACAUCACUGGAGCAUCACAACAACUUUGAAACCAACUCUUGCAAUGUCCGGAAAAACAAGAGAAAAAAACAAGACAUUUCACAUAAUCUGAAUCCCAAGACAAAUGACAAAAUAUCUAGAAAAAGGAAAGUGAAUAUGUUGAUGACACUGUCUUCAAAAGAAGAUGAGUUGACCAGCUCUUUGGAGAUUGUGGGUGACGAGUUGUUCCAGGCGUACUCCACCCUGCAGAGUGCUUACACAGAAGUUCAGCGUCUACUAGCUGUUAAACAACAGGUAACCUCAGAGAUGGCGUCGCUCAGGGAGAAGCGCAUAAAGAUUCUGCAGGAUAUGAAGAAUCCCAGUAGGUGUUCCACACAUUCAGACCAGCAGGUGGGGCUAAAUGCCUCCUGACAGCUGUGUGUGAACCUCUGAGGAAAGAUUACUCUUGGCCAUCCCUGUGAGCCUCAUGGAGCAGCUGCACAGUAGGACUCAAUCUCAGGAGUAUCUGAUUCUGGUCCUAGCCUCUCAGUGCACAAAAAUAACCUCUGUGAGCAUGCGUCUCAUCUGAGAGCACAGACUGCAUCAUUGUAACAGACUUUAAUGCAUUUAUAGUUGUUUUAUUGCAGUUCACAUUGAAUUAUGCUCUAGUUUGAUCAGAUCGAUGCAGGCUAUU